GAUCAGGCGGCCGUCACUUCGGCGCGGCGCCGUGACCAGUAGGCACCAUGGCGUGUCCGUCCCGCUGGUGCUGGUGCACCUGCUGGUGCACCCUGGUCCUGGCGGUGCUCUCCGCCCGCUCCGCCCCCGCGGCGCUCGCCACCCCGGAGCGGCUCGUCGGUCCCCCGCGACCCCACGACCUGCUGCGGCCCCGCCCCGCUCUCGGGCAGGCGGGCGACGCCUCCUACCGCCUGCCUGGCGACGCGCACCCGCUGCACUACGACAUCCACAUCGGCUCGAACCUCGACAAGCUCUUCUUCCUGGGCACUGUCGACAUCACCCUGCAGGUGGACAAGCUCAUUGAGAAGGGCAAGCCUCUCACGCUGCACGCGGACAGCAGCAUCGACAUCGACCCCUCCAACAAGUGCACUUUGGACGGCAACGAGGUGGACCACGAGCUCAGCAAGGAUGGCAAGGACUUCAUCCGCUUCACGGCAAAGACCGACCUCAUGGCCGGCACCGUGCAUGUGCUGCACUGCGAGUACCGGGGGAAGAUCUUUGAGGACGACAAGGGAUUCUACCGGUCCCAGUACGACGGCAAGGGCGUGAAAAUCAACAUCGGCGUCACCCAGUUCGAGAUGACGUUCGCCCGCCGGGCGCUGCCGUGCUUCGACGAGCCCGGCUACCGCGCCACGUUCGCCCUCGCCAUCACGCACCACGUCGAGGAGAGCGCCGUCUCCAACACCCAGCCGGCGGUCAUCGUGUCCGUCAACGCGACGCACGCCAAGACGACGUUCGAGGCGACGCCCGCCAUGGCCGUGUACACGCUCGCCUGGCUCGUGUCCCGGAUGCCGAGCGUGGCCAGCGCCGACGGCGACUUCCCCUUCGCCACGUACGCCCAGCCGAAGUACAUCGACGACACGUCGCUGUCGCAGUCCGUCGGGCCGCAGGUGCUCGCCGGCAUGGCGGACUACACCGGCAUCGAGUACGCGCUCGACAAGAUGGACCAGGCCGCCCUCCCGGACUUCAACUUCGGCGCCAUGGAGAACUGGGGCCUCGUCACGUACCGACAAGGCCUCCUCCUGGCCGGCGCUGACUCUCGCUCCACCACCAACCUCAGCGUGACCACUACCAUCGCUCACGAGCUGGCGCACCAGUGGUUCGGCAACCUCGUCACCCCCAGCUGGUGGGGUCAUGUUUGGCUGAGCGAGGCCUUCGCCGAGUUGUUCUGCUACCUCAUGACGGACAAGAUCAACCCCGAAUGGAAGGUCCUCGACAAGAUGCCGCUCAUGGAGAUGCACGACGCCUUCGUGGAGGACUCGUUGAUCUCCUCGGCCCCGAUGACGAACGAGAACAUUUACACACCCGACGAGAUCCUGGACAAUUUCGGCUCCAUCACGUACGCCAAAGGCUCUUCGGUGCUCAGGAUGCUGAGGGACACCAUGGACAGCGUCUCCGCCGACUCCUUCCGCAAGGGCCUGCAGAGCUACCUGAAUGCAAAGAAACAGUCCGGGGUCGUCGAGCCUGACGAUCUCUGGCAGGGGCUGGAGAGUGUCGGCGUGACCUUGCCGGGCGGUCUGUCCGUGACGGACCUGGGCAAGAAGUGGACGGAGCAGGCCGGCUACCCCGUCAUCACCGUCACCAGGACGGGCGACACCGCCUCCGUCGCUCAGGUCCGCUUCCUCUCCGAAGAGCCCGCGAAUCCGCCGACCCCGGUGACCUGGCCGGUGCCACUCACUUGGAAGGCUCCGGGCACGACAGUAGUCUCCCGGUCGUUCCUGACCGAGGAGUCCGGCUCCAUCUCCGGGAUCCCCAAGGACGCCGCCUGGGUCCUGUUCAACGUGGAUCAGCUUGGUUACUACCGCGUCAACUAUGACAACGACGGCUGGAAGGCGCUCACCGACACCCUCGUCAGCGACGUGGGGUCCCUGACCGUGCCGGAGAGGGCCAUGCUGGUGGACGACGCGCUGACUCUGGCGCGCGCCGGCAAGCUGUCGUACGAGACCGCCCUCUCGCUGCAGGGGUACCUGGUCGCCGAGCGCCAGUACGCCCCCUGGGCCGCCUUUGCCAGCAGCGUCGAGUACCUGGCGCUCCACUGCCGCGCGGCGGGUGGCGAGAUCGCUUCACUCUUCGACAGGUGGGUGGCCGGACUGACCGAGAGGGCGUACCAUGAUCUGGACUUCUCGUCCUCCGACAAGGACACGUUCGAGGACAAGCUGACUCGCUCCGUCGUGGUUCAGGUCGCGUUUGAAGCCAACCUCUUCCUAGCUGUAACCGAUGCAUCGCUGGCGUUCCUCAACUCUCGCAUGGAGCCGGACACGGCGCGCUUGGCGCUGUGCAAGGGUCUCACGGACUCUCAUACCGACGAGGUCUACAAGGACCUGCUCAAGAAGCUCAAGCUAUCCACGGACGAGAUGAAGCGACGCGACUACACGUACGCUUUGGGCUGCGCGCCUGAGAACGAGGAAGUCCAACUCAAGACCGAGUAAGUGUUUACUUCUCCUUGAACAAUGAACACUGGC